AUGCAAAUGGAAAGCUUCCAUCUCUCUGCUGCUGGGGUGGAGACUUCGUGAUUGCAAGGGUCAACAAGCUGCUCCACAGCGGACCAAACGGCACAAGAAAACUCCAAGCUCCAGACCCCAAUGGACCGCACCACCCCUGUCGCCCGCUUGGGUUCCCGUUCGCCGCCUGCUGUUCUAGGCGGACUGUCGAAGACUUCCUCUCCACUUGGACGCAAUGUUUGACGGAUCCGUAUCCUCGUUCUUGCUGUGCAUCAGCAGAAUGCAGACAGGCGGACAAAAGACAAAACUGACAGCGGUCGCCGGAACUGUUCGGGAGGGUGUUUCUGCCUGCAGCCGGGGUAGUGCUCUUUCCUGCCCCUGUUUCUCCAUUGCAUCGCUGCUGCUGUUGCUGCUGUUGCUGCUGUUGCUGCUGCUGGCUGCUGCAACCUCUCCCAAGCAGGUCGCUCUUUCUUUACGUAUAACGCCCGGGUUACCUGCCCCUUCCCUUCCAGGUUCAGUUCUCUAUGCAGAACAUGCCGUGCCAUGCAGCAUCACCUGCCCCUGCCUGAACACCCAUUGGAUUGAGCUUUCUUCUGCACCGGACGCUUUCCCCCGCGACAACCGAAGUGCCCUGCGGAGUGCCUGUCUUUCCAUGGUCCCCGGGCCGUCGGUCGAUUCUAGCAAGUUCAUUUUACAUGCAAUGACACCAACUGAACACCGCACUCUUUCGGGUCCUCGAGUCUCAACUGCCUGCAGUGGGGUGCAAAAAUCCACCGUUGCGAAUACUGCUGCCAUCCCUUUGAGCAUACGCUGCCAACCGACUUUAGCUCCGUUGCGUGCUUUCGCUAGUACGGUGCAGUGGUGUAACUACCUACUGGAGGGCACCGAAAAAGCCCAUCGCAGGCUGCCGCGUACGACAAAAGACGAUAUCCCGGAAGAGCUGAACCGUAUGCUCGCCACAAGCCGGCCCCGACUCGCCGAUUUCGACCAUCCCGUUCGGGCCCAAGCCCUUACGCUCAUCCAUCUGUUUUAUUCUUGAUUUGACUUUUGCGUGCCAAUGGGGCCCGCUGCUGGGCUCGCCUACCGAUAACGUGCUGUCAUCCGCCCCGGUGCCGUUACUGUGGUCCCGGGUCUUUGGUAGCG